AUGGUGGGAAAUUGUGAAAUCCCUACUGACUUUGUGGUGCUAGAGAUGGAUGAGGAAGCUAGAGAUCCUUUGAUCCUUGGAAGACCAUUCUUGGCCACAGCAGGAGCAAUUAUAAAUGUGAAGGAGGGAAAGAUAGAUCUCCACUUGGGUAAGGAGCACAUCCUCCACUUUGACAUCAAUGAGAUAAUGAAGAGGCCAACCAUCCAAGGGCAGAUCUUCUACAUAGAGGAAAUGGAAGCUUUAGCUGAUGAGCUGCUUGAAGAGUUAGCACUGGAGGACCCUCUACAGCAUGCCUUGACAGUUGAUAGAGGAGUCCAAGUGGUUGAGAACAAGGAAAGUGAUGCUUAUGGAAGGAUGCUGGAUUCACACAGAGGGUUUGAGAGUGAGGAUCAGUAUGAGGCGCUUCAACAAGUGGUUCAUCAAGAGACAGCAUCCACUCAACAAAAGGACAGUCACCAAGAGGAUUGGGAUGAACUCAAGGCACCUAAGGUGGAACUUAAACCCUUCCCCAUGGUUGAGCUUACUGAACUUGAAUUGUCUCAACUGUUGAGUGCGCUUAAGAAGUUUAGGAAAGCAAUAGGGUAUUCUCUAGAUGACAUCAAAGGGAUAUCACCUUCUUUGUGCAUGCAUAGGAUACAUCUAGAGGAUGAAUCAAUGACUUCUAUUGAACAUCAAAGAAGGUUAAACCCUAAUUUGAAAGAAGUUGUAAAGAAGGAGAUUCUCAAACUCUUAGAUGCAGGUGUUAUUUACCCAAUCUCAGAUAGUAAAUGGGUAUCUCCUGUGCAUGUGGUUCCAAAGAAAGGUGGUAUCACUGUUGUGAAAAAUGAUAAGAAUGAGUUGAUCCCCACUAGAACUGUAACUGGACAUAGGAUGUGCAUUGAUUAUAGAAAGUUAAACUCUGCAUCUAGAAAGGAUCAUUUUCCAUUGCCAUUUAUUGAUCAGAUGCUUGAGAGACUUGCAAACCAUCCUUUCUAUUGCUUUCUUGAUGGGUAUUCAGGGUUCUUCCAAAUCCCCAUACAUCCCGAUGAUCAAGAGAAGACGACAUUCACAUGCCCUUAUGGUACCUUUGCCUAUCGAAGGAUGCCAUUUGGGUUAUGUAAUGCUCCAGCCACCUUUCAAAGGUGCAUGAUGUCUAUCUUCUCUGAUCUCAUUGAGGAUGUUGUGGAGGUGUUCAUGGAUGACUUCUCUGUCUACGGAUCUUCGUUUUCUGCUUGUUUGUCCAACUUGUGCAGGGUCCUACAGAGAUGUGAAGACACCAACCUUGUGCUGAACUGGGAGAAGUGUCACUUCAUGGUCAAAGAGGGGAUUGUACUUGGACACAAGAUUUCAGAAAGAGGCAUCGAAGUGGACAAGGCUAAGAUUGAGGUGAUGGUUAGUCUACCUCCACCAAAGACUGUGAAAGACAUAAGGAGUUUCCUUGGCCAUGCUGGGUUCUACAGGAGAUAUGUCAAGGACUUCUCAAAAGUUGCUAGGCCAAUAACCAAGCUGCUAUGCAAAGAAGCCGCUUUCAGCUUUGAUUCAGAUUGUCUUGAAGCUUUCAAGGAGCUGAAGAACAAUUUGAAAAAGGAUGGCAAGACUCAUGUGAUCUACUAUGCUAGCCAAACCUUGAAUGAUGCUCAGGUGAAGUAUUCCACAACUGAGAAGGAGAUGCUAGCCAUUGUAUUUGCCUUUGAGAAGUUCAGAAGCUACUUGGUUGGGUCAAAGGUUAUUGUCUACACUGAUCAUGCAGCUUUGAGACACCUCUUGGCCAAGAAAGAUGCUAAGCCAAGACUUUUGAGGUGGAUCCUUUUGCUUCAAGAGUUUGACUUGGAGAUUAGAGACAAGCCGGGCAUUGAGAAUGGAGUAGCUGAUCACUUAUCUAGGAUGAGGAUUGAAGGUGAAACCCCCAUUGAUGAAGGGCUUCGUGAGGAACAGGUCAUGGCCAUCAGGGCAGUGGUUGCAGUGUGUGAAACGGGCAAGAAGCUUGAAGAGGUUAAGGCGUCUAAGGAGAAGGAGCCUGACCAUCUCUAUAGAAGGGCAGUGGCUGAAGAAGAGGUUGAUGGAAUCCUACAACAAUGCCAUGGUUCUUCAUAUGGAGGGCAUUUUGCAACUUUCAAGACAGUGGCUAAGGUUCUACAAGCUGGAUUUUGGUGGCCUCAUAUGUUCAAGGACACACAAGAGUUCAUCUCAAGGUGUGAUUCUUGCCAAAGGAGAGGGAACAUCACAAAGAGGAAUGAAAUGCCUCAAAACCCAAUUCUUGAAGUGGAAGUAUUUGAUGUUUGGGGCAUAGACUUCAUGGGACCUUUCCCUCUUCUUAUGGCAACAAAAGAAUGGAGUGAAACACAAGGUUGCAACCCUUAUCACCCUCAAACCAGUGGUCAAGUUGAAAUCUCUAACAGAGAGAUCAAGGGUAUCUUGGAGAAGAUUGUGGGAGCCAAGAGGAAGGAUUGGUCAGACAAGCUUGAUGAUGCACUUUGGGCCUAUAGGACAGCAUACAAGACACCAUUGGGAACCACCCCUUUCAACCUUGUGUAUGGGAAAGCUUGUCAUCUACCAGUAGAACUUGAGUACAAGGCAUUGUGGGCUGUGAAAUUACUGAACUUUGACAUCAAGAAUGCAAAAGAAAAGAGACUUUUUCAGCUUCAUGAGCUUGAUGAGAUUAGGAUGGAUGCUUUUGAGAACUCAAGGAUCUACAAGGAGAGAACCAAAGCCUUUCAUGACAAGAACAUUUUGAAGAGAGAGUUAAGAGCUGAUGAUCAGAUACUCCUCUACAACUCUAGGCUGAAGUUGUUUCCAGGGAAGCUCAAAUCAAGGUGGUCUGGACCCUUUAAGAUCAAGGAAGUUAAGCCUUAUGGAGCAGUGGUUCUUUGGGAUAAGAAUGGAGGAGAGUUCACAGUGAAUGGACAAAGAGUGAAGCUCUAUUUGGGUACUACACCAAAAGGAAGAUGGAUUCUCAAUUCCACUUUCUGA